AUGCACAAAGUUUAUAAAACCCCGCCCCCAGCGCCCCGCCCCCGGAGCCCGCGGGUCCCCCACUCCCGCCCCGGACCGGCCUGGGAUGAAGUUCAGGAGCAAUUAAAUACCGCCCCCCCUCCCGCCCCAAGCAGAGAGAAAUGGAGCCCAGGUGUUGGGAGCGGACGACAAGUUGGGAGUAUUUCCUCUAAACCCCACCUGAUCGCAGAGGCUUACACGAAAGGGCCGAGAUCCAGGCUUUUGGGAGAUGAAUGGAGAUUUUCCCAGCCAAGUCCGCAGUCGUGGGAACCGUACCUCGGAGCCCUUAAUCGAAAUGACCGUGCCCGCAGCUCCUUUGGGGCAGCCCACUUCGGGCCUCCUCGCCUGGCUUUGGCCGUCCUGCGGGUCCUGGUCGUUAAGUCAGACUUUCCGAAGCCGUCCGAGGGGGCGCGGGCCGCCGACCACCUGGCUAGGUGGAGCAGGGCAGCGGUGAGCUCUGAGCUCUGCCGCUUUGAUUCGGUAGCUGCAGCUCGCGGUGCCGACCCCGUGUCCUCAGGACCUCAGUUUCUUAUCUGUUCCACAAGGGAUCCAGGCUCGGUGAGCUCUCAGGUACAUCCAUCGAUAAACAAACACAACUGUAGAACUCAUGCCUGUCAUUCUGGCUACUGGGGAGGGGGAGUUCUGCACUAUCGGGUCAGGUUUCAGGUCGGCAUUUGCAAAAAGUGUCCGGAUCCCAUCUUAACCAAUGAAAAGUUGGAUAUGAUGGCCCACGCAGGAAAGUCACUUUUCAGAGCAGCCCAGCGGCUGCAGCAGUCCAGCGACAAUGCCGGCUGCGGGCAAGCUUUGCGCACCCUUGCUCUGGCUUUAAACUGGAGUCCUUCUCCAAACGCGAAUAUAUUCAUCAGUGUUGGUGCAAAUCUGGUUGCUACAGGAAAGAUUGAAGUUGCGAUCAACAUGAUCUGCUCCAGGUGGAGAGAAACUGAUGGAGACUUUGGCGCGGGCUUUGCGGGCAGGUGCGGCGCGCCCGCAGCGGCGCCCACGUGGCCGGACCUGUGCGCGCCACCCGCGGUUCUCCCAGCCCCUAAACGCCGCCUUCUAAUGGAUUUCAGGAGCAGGUUCAUCCCAUUACAGUUCCUGGAGGAGAUUCAGCUCCUAGAGCGAGCUGCGAUCCCGACCCUCCGCGUUCCCUACUCUUCCGGAUCUCAGCUCAGGGGGAUCACCGUUGAACGAGGCGACCCGGGGCCGGGGGCGCUGCGGGAGCCUGGAGAUGCAGGGGUUCUUACAUACUGUCAACUGGAAAACAGAAGUCCUUUGCUGUCUGUUGAGGAAGAUGAGGGGACUGGGAAGGCCCAAGAUGCUUUCUGGCUUCAGUCCCUUAUUACCGAUGCGUUCCAUGGUAAAGGAUUUCAGAAAAUAAAAGACUAUCUUCAGAAAGAGGAUCAAUUUCCUCAAAAAUAUAAUCAUCUCCUCUUAAAUCAUCUCGACAGAUCACUAAAUAAGGAACUGGACAGAAAUGAAUUUCUUCAUGUUUCACUGUUGCUAAAGUGUCUUCAGAGAUUCUUCAGAGAUGACCUCAGUGAAGGCCAGUGUUUGCUGAUUCAGCAGGGACUGAUCCUGAAGAUGGCCUCCUGGCUUGAAAGAAUCACAGGAUUUCUGACCAUGGAAGACCUUGCUUCAAGCAUGUCACUGAUGAGCAUCCUAGAGGACUUCUUGGACAGCCUUCUGAUUAUUUGCCAGAGUAGUAGUGAUGAAGGGAAAGCUCAGAUGUUGGAUUUCUUCAUAAGUGGCUUAGGAUUCUUGGUGGCAGAAAAGACCGUGAAUCACUUGAUUCAGCAGCAGGCUCUGGGGACUCUGAACUGCAUAUUGGAUGCUACACCCCGGGAAGAGAGAAAAAAGCUGUCUUUGUCAGAAGGCGCGUGCUGUCUUAUGAUGAUGUAUGUGGUGGCUUUAUUGUGUUUUCAAUCUCUAGAUUACAACCAGCAGGUGUCGCUUACUGAGGCAUUGUAUAGAAUGACCACCAAAGCAUCAAGGGAUGAUCUUGUUCACCAGUGGUUUGAGGAUGAGGUCCUGGCUGAAGCUUUCAAAGAAAUUAAGGGCCGGGAAUUUGAGACGGAUGUUCGACAGUUUCUGAAUCACUUAAACAACAAACUUGGUGACCAAAGAAGGGUCUAUUCAUUUCCGUGCAUUGCUGCUUUUGCGGAUGAGCAUGAGAUGAGAAAGCCAGCAGAUGAAAACUUAGAAAAAUUUUGGAUCGAUUUCAACCUAGGAAGUGAGAGUGUAACUUUUUAUAUACACAAUGCUGAGAGUCCUCUGUGGGACACAAUUAGACUUCAGAAGGAAGACAUGGUUAAUUUCAACAUCACAGAAACUGAGACGAUGAAGGUGUUCCUUGUGAACCUGAAGAAGCCACUUACUAUCAACCAGAAAGAAGUGAUGAAAAUAGAAAUCCAUUUUGAUGUGCUCUUUGACAUAUCACAAGCAACCUUUCAAGCUUUAGGGGAAGACAGACAGGUAUUGCCUGAGCAGAUGAAAAUCUCCUCAGAACUUUCCAGUACACUCAAAAAAGAAGACAAUGAGAGGCCUAAUGGCAAUGAAGGAGAAACAGAGCAGGCAGAAGAAUCCACUGACCUGGUAGAGUUAGGUGGUGCUGAGGAGGACCGCUGCCUCUUAACAAUUCCCUGGAACCAGCAGCCUGAGACGACUCAUCCAAAAAAAGCAGCUGGUCGAUCACCCGAAAAAUCAAAACCAGAUACAGAACAAGUUAUUACAAAGCAGGUGAAUUCUUCAAAUGUACAAGAAGCAUCAGUUCAAAGUCAGGUUCCUGAAUUAGGUGACAAAUCUAAGGAAGACUCUGCUUUUGAGGGUGACCGAAAACAAGAAAGAAGGAAGUCGUCUAAUUACAGGAAACAUCUCUUCUCUGAUGACAGUAAAGAUUCAAGUUCUAGUCCCAGUGAAAAAUCCUGGACCAGUAACAGCAAAAAGAGAUACCUAAAGCCAUACUCUAGGAGAAGAAAGUCAAGCGUCAACCAUAGCAUGAGAAUAUUGCCGCUUUCCCCUGUCAAUAGUGGCAGUGAUCUCAAGAAACACAGAGCUAACACUCUGACACCAGUAUGGAAAGGCCUCCCCAUGCAAAACAACACCACACCUCCCACGAUUUCUGGAACAAAACCCCAAGGUAGUUCCGCCUUCUUAACUCCUAAAGAUUCUGCACAGAAAGUAGAACUUCAAAGUACCUACCGAUUCAGCGAUGGCCCUUCCUUGGAACACUCAAAAGCUGAAGAAAAUGUGUCUCAGAUUGUGAACCAAGACUUAUUAGUGGAAAACACUGCUUUAAAACAUAAGCUGCAAAACUUGGAAGACAGAGACAUGCCAGAUGGGAGUUUGGCUCAGCCAAAGCAGUCAAGAUUGGAAGAAGAGGCUCCAGGAUCCCCCGAUUUGGAAGGCAUUUUUCCUUCGUCCUCAGAAGAAGAGCCAGAGGACUUGAAUGGUUCUGCUUUUGUAACAGCCCUGGAAAACUUCACUAGUGAAGUGAAAAAAAGACACGAGCUUAGGCACAGAAUGACUCCACCUUAUUCAGAAAAGGCAAAGAAAGCACCCGAUUGCCUAAUCAAACUUUUAGACCAGAUAUUCCUGUGCAGACUGAACAAACUAGAGGCAUUUCACAGUUCUGUUCUUCAAGAGUUCAAAGAUUUGGAAAAGGAUAUUCAGGCUCUACAACUCCUUGAGAAGGAGGCGCUGGAGUUUUGGAGUAGACAGUCUGCGGAUCUGAAGUCAUUUUGUGACCAUCAAGCACUAAGGCAGGAUAAAGAGAAUGAGCAAAAGUUCCCUAUACUGCACAAAGUAAAAGAGUCAAAUUGCAUCGAUGGUGUGCCUGUCUUCUCCAUGGGCGUUGAUGCUGGCUUUGGACAUGGUAGGAAUCUCUUCCCCAAGAAGUAUAAUGAUGCCUCCAGACCUUCCUCUUGCUUAUCAGCAUCUAGGCGAGCUGAAUGCCAGUCUAGAAUCAACAUCUAG